AUGGGAUAUGGCACCUGCGACAACAACGACGACAACCACAACAACAACAACAACAGCACCGCCAACAACAGCAGUACCUUCCACAACAACAGCACCUUCAACAACCACAAGGAUGAAGACAACAACAACGGUGAAGACAACAACAACGAUGAAGACAACAGUUGUUACAAAAUCAACGAUGUUGAUCGAAACUACGAUGACAGCAAACACAUCAACAAAACCUCAAAACAACAGGGCACAACAAGGAAGAGAAAAAGACAUGCAGAGACAGAAAACCCAACGCCGAACAUUCAUUUCUCCAAUGAUGCGUGUGGUGCAGGUGGUGAAAGACAACCAGUCGAUCGGCCGUCUGCCGCCGCUCAUAAUCAAAAUUUAGAGGCAAGUAACGGCUCAGGAGCUGCGGAAAGACUACCGGAUGUGACGCACCGGAAGGAACGAGAACAGAACCGAUUAAACGGGGCUUGCGUAAAGGACAGUGGGGAAUGGAGGGAUUCGCAAAAUCCAUACGACACAAUUCCAUUCGACGAAGACUUGGGGGAAGAGAAAUCUGCGGUUUCUGCUUCUGAGUACUUACACGCAAAAGCAUUGCGAAGACAGGAUAAAGGCAUGAACUUGGACAGCUUGCAGAGGCCGCGAUCCACCGAGGAGAACGCCUACUCCAACGCGGUCAACUUGGAUAUGGGUGAGUCGGCGUGGGAAGAUGCAGAAUCAGGCCUUCAUCAACCUACCUGGGAAGCUUCCGGAAAACAACUUGACGGAUAUCUAUCACCGUCUCAGAUUGCAAGGCCCGUUUCCGGAGUAUCUUCCAAUGAGGACAUGACCUACUCUGCUUCUGGAACAACGCCACAGGCAUCGGGUAAUGAUACUCUAACUGUCUUUCCGCUUUCCGAAAGGGAGCGAAAUAACGCGGGAACUCUUUUUGGUAUAGAUACAUUGUCAGCAAAUCGUCACAAUCAUGAGAAUCUUUACCAGCCGAUGUUUGGGUCGGACACAUAA